CCGUGCCUGUGUGUAUCAUCUAGCAUGUGCGCGUGGUGUGCAGGUUGCGUGAUGGAGGGGACCUUCUCGACACCACGGGUCUUCGAGUCGAUCUUCUCGACACCACAGGCCAUGAGUGCCGGGACGCACAUUCGCUUAGCAGAACCUUUUCGUCCUUAUGCAAAAUCCGUGCGGCAUUUCAACGGUGUGACAACAAUCCACAGAGCGACCGCAGAGGACUUCGACGAGGACCCAUGGAUGACCAUCGUCCCAUGCAUGGAUGCGCAUCUUGACGACUGGGGCGAGGGCAAUUGGGACAAUAUGGAGAGUCACUACCCUUGGGCAAACCAGUACAAGUUCGCGAAUAUGUUGGAGUUCGGGGACCUCAUCCCACUGCCAGACGUCGUCCUCGGACAUAAGUUCCUGAACCAUAUGCGCAAAGCACUAAGCUGCAUUAGCCGCUAUUUCAGUCGCCUUGAGUGCCACAACGUCAGGUCGUUGCCAAGAACUUGGGGGGGCUCGCGGAAACAAGAGUUGGUGGAGUGCGCUCGUCGCUGCUCAUUCCUGGACCAGUACCCAACGUCAGGUCAUCGCCACGAACGUAGCCCCGGGAUUUCUCCACGAGCUCUGUCGUACGGCUGUGUGCGGUUGACUGUGUCCGGAUCUGAUUUCGCCAGAGUUCUGUGUGUCGCUGCUUCGAACAAGAGCAGGAAACUCGUCGAUGCAGUUGUGCUCGUGUCGCACAACGAGGUUGUGAUUGAAGGGUCCAAAUUUGUGCCGAUGCGUGGGUCUGAACGUGUGGAUGGGUGGCCAGAUUUGGUGAUAGCAGGGGAACGUCGUUGCCUGUGCCAAGGGGCGAUUCUGGACAUGUGUCUGUUGAAAGGGUUCGAAGCGGGUGCUGCGAACACCUCAUUCUACAACGACCUCCGGCGGCAGGGCGGGUUUGUUUUGGGUCGAGAAUUCUUUGACUUGUUGGAGGACAAGGACAUCGCCCUUGACGUCCCUUGCGAAGUCGGCCCCGACUUGGUAUUGUUAAUGCCUUUGCAGUCGUGCGGUAGUUGUGAGUCGAGCGGGGCAGCGGGGGACGGGGGGGAUCCGGGUUCCGAGGAGGCUACACAUGUGCAGCGGGAUGAUGCCAGAGGUCAGUUUGACGACAACGAAGAUGAGGCGACACCACGUCCGCCGUUUUCGCCGUUGAGGGAAAGAGACAGCUUGUGGCUUCUCACGGAUCAAAAGGAAGAGGAGGCCAUUAAAAAGCAAAAUGCUGCCCUGCGUUCUUACUUACCUCUGCCGAUGGCCGGGGAAAAUGUCUCCAAACUGGCCGUGAAAUUUUUCGAGAAAUGGGAGACCGGCAGAUUGUUGAGCCACGACGGGGCGAAGUGGAUCGUCAAAAAGAAGAAGGUCAAAAACGUGAAGCUUGGGGUCGCCUACAUCCACAACGAUAAAUUGGGCAGAACGGAGGUGGUGUACAACGUCCCCAUGGACCCGCCGAAUAAAAAGGGCAAAAAGGAGAAAGAGGAGGGCGAUUGGUUCGUGCAAGUGCCAGACCCGGACGCGCAUUGUUGGAAAACAAUGGAAUCACUCACGGACAAUGAGAAGUGUCACGUUCUGAAAAAGGUGCUUGCUUGCGAGGUCGUUUGGGUCCAGGCUGACUCCCCGUCGUUGGCAAAAUUGGGAAAGCUCAGCGUGCAGGACAUGGUGCAGCUGCUGAAGUGCGACCGCGUGCUGGUCCGGUUGUGGUCGAAAGCGGACUGGAUCCAAAGGUACCCUUUCCUGAAAUCGAGGUCUGCCGUGUUCAAGAAGUUUGAAGGUCACGGAUUGGAUGACAAGUUGUGGGAUAACAGCAGAAAACACGUUUCCGACUCGGCGCUGUUCAAGGACUGCCCGCCGUACAUGGGUUGCGACCAGGACAACUCGAUUGAGGUGACGGAGAAGUUGGCGGGCCACGAGAAGUUGCCCGUCAACUGGAGAAACAAGGUUUUGUCCGUGUUGAAUGGAAGCAGACUGAAGAGCCGGGAAGUGGCACUUGCCGAAGGCGUCAUUCACAUUAAAUGGAAAGACACGGGGGACGUGACAUCCAUCGCGUCGUUCGCCAACGACCCUUUAGAGGCGAACAUCAGGGGCGCAGAGCUGAAGGAAGAAGUGACUGCCACAAAGAGCCACACGUCGCUGGUGGCGCCUGAACGACAGGGCAGCUUCUACGGGGAUAUGAAACGCAAUCCGACACAAUUCGUCGGUCGUCUUGAUUUUCUUGGCAAGAAGGGAGAGGGUGUCGUGUUCCUUGGGAAACCGCAUGCGCAAAGCGUCAGGGAGCUUCUGAAGGCCGGCCGGCACGUUGUCGCAAUGGAAGGGAACCCCGACCUCUUGCAAUUCGCGAUGCAGGUGGUGAAAAGCGAGGUCAAUUCGGUGCUCGACAACUACCACUUCGCCUCACGCAUGAACGCGAAGGCAUUUAUCGAAAGGCUCCAGUCGCUGUACUUCGUGGAAUCCGAGGAGCAGUUGAAGUUAGCCAGUUACACUUCCCUGAUCUCCACUGACGACGAGGAAGCCAUAGGUGUGGAGUUUGUCUCCAACGUGAAGGAGGAGGAGAGCGACACGGAGAGCAUCGACCUGCAGUACGACCCGCCUCCGGCGGACCACGGCCGAGGGUCCUCGUCGGCCGUUCCAUCACCGAGCGCUGCAGCCCUCGUGUCACCAUUGGCCAAACCGGCGCCGAGCACCACGUCGAUGAAGUUGCUGAAGAGACUUAGAGCUCUGGCCACCCCCCCGCCCGCUUUGCGUCCCGGGUCCGACAAGUGGUGGUUGGAAUUGACGGAGGAUUACUACGAGCUCGACACGAGUCCGUCGAAGGGCGUGGUGGAUUGGAACGUGCCCCCUCCCAGUGGGCCGGACGGUGGUUCCGGGGGGGGGUCAUCUGGAAGCGAAGGGGAUGGGGGUGGCGAUGCAGGGGGUGGCAAAGGAAUCCCGCCUAUGGGGGAGAGAGGGUCUCACGGCCGCAACACGACACUGGGAGGCAGCGCUGGGGUGGCGGGUUUCGCCGUCGACCGAACUCCGUCGACAGGCACCCGGCCCGAGCGUACGACACACUACGCCGACCCCGCGACUUCGUCCGUGGGCUCAGCAAGGGACACUUUGGCAGCCUUGGUUGCUCUGGGCAGUCGCUUCGCCGGAAAGCCGAAGUCCGCCGGGAUCCGAACUACGUCGGGUGUGGAGCCGCCAGAGCGGUCCGAAAUGCGAAGGUCCGGCGACAUGGAGACCACGAAGUCCGCCGAGAUCCGAACUUCUUCGGGCAGGGUUGGUCGGCCGGGGAUUGUCGUGCCGUUGAGAGGGGCAGCGUGCACGGGGACGGAAGGGCGGUCCUCGAGAUUCAGCAUGGGUACCGCGGAAGGGGACGAGUUUCGUGGGAGGGAAGUAGGGGAGAAAAUGGAGGAACAGAAGGGAGCGCAAGAAGGGGAGGAAGAAGGGGAAGAAGAGGUGGAAGGGGAGGAAGCGGGAGAAACGGAGCUAAUUGAUUUCUUUGAAGGAAUGGAGGGUGCCGCGUCUGGAGAAGACGAAGUGGAACACAGUGAGGAUGAUGCCGGAUCUGGAGAGUCGUCUGACGAGUUCGGACAACUGUACGGAGAGCAUCACGAGGAUAAUGUCGACGACGAUGCCACGACAAUAGAGAUGGAGACACAAGUGGUCAGCAGCCUUUCCGCAGAGCCUGAAGAUUAUGCGGUCCGGCCACUGACGUCUGCUGUCGACUUGCAGCACCAGUUCGACGAGGCUUCCGUCGCUAUCGGCCUGUUUGAAAAAAGUCGACGUAUAAGCAUCGACGAAGUUAUCGACGGUAUCCUUGGCGACCACAACGUUUCUGCCCGUUCGUCCGCAACUGCCAACGUCGUAUCUUCCUUGGAAGCUGCCCUCGCUUCGUCGCCGCCAAAGUCUCAAGUGUUGCCGGCCAUCCUUGCCGCCGAAGGGGAAGGCGAGCUCGGUGGAGGAAAGCAUGUGAUGUCCCCAAAAAAAUCAAGGUUCGGCGGUCAAGCUCUCGACGUGCUCGCUUUGCCUGCGCCAAAUUCACCAUCGAAGGAGCGGAGAGAGAAACAACUGCUACUCAGCGCUCUCAGCUUCCAUUUGAUCGAAGUAUCCAACUACGAGCCGAACGGCGGCGGGAUUUCCAAGCUCUCAAGUGCUCAGGUGGAGGUGUAUUUGUCGCCGACGGAACGUUGCUACCUUGCGAGUACCUUCGCCAUGGACUACCAGGUGGACCAGGAGCUGCAGGAUCGAAUGAUCGAUGACGAAACGGACAUGGUAUAAGCACCCACGCCGUCAUCCCUCGAAGCAUUCACAAGAUUAGCUGAUGAGCACCAUGCGCCACGCAAACGCCAUUCGCGCGCUGAUCUCGCAAUAAACACGCCCGGAAUCU